UACUCAAAUGGAUGUUAGCUGGUGUGCAUAAUACCGUAGGAUGUGUGCUGUGUCUUUUCAUGGGGACUAAAAGUACACUUGGAAAGAGAUAAACGGCUAAUGGCUUCUGACUCAAUGGUCCCAGAGCAAGGAAAACAUGUGGUGACGGGAAAAAGACAUCAAAAGCAUGAAAGGUCACCUUUGAACAGUGACGGGGAAGAAGACACAUUUAUAUUUGAAGCCAACGAAGCUUGGAAGGAUUUUCACAGCUCUCUUCUCCAUUUCUAUGAAGCUGGGGAGCUUUGUGAUGUGACGCUGAAGGUGGGUUCAAAGUUGAUUACCUGUCACAAGCUUGUCCUGGCUUGCGUUAUACCUUACUUCAGAGCCAUGUUUCUCUCUGAAAUGGCAGAAGCUAAACAAUCAUUGAUUGAAAUCAAAGAUUUUGACGGCGAUGCCAUUGAAGACUUGAUCAAGUUUGUGUAUUCAUCCCGACUAAUGCUGACAGUUGACAAUGUCCAGCCUCUCUUAUACGCUGCCUGCAUUCUCCAAGUGGAGAUAGUGGCCAAAGCUUGCUGUGAGUACAUGAAGCUGCAUUUUCAUCCUUCAAAUUGCCUGGCAGUGAGGGCCUUUGCAGAGAGUCACAACCGUGUCGACUUGAUGGACAUGGCUGACCACUAUGCCUGUGAACAUUUUGUUGAAGUGGUGGAAUGUGAAGACUUUGUGAGUGUAUCACCUCAGCACCUUCAUAAACUGUUGUCUUCAAGUGACCUGAGCAUUGAAAAUGAAAAGCAAGUUUAUUGUGCUGCCAUUAAAUGGCUUUUGGCCAAUCCCCAGCACCAUGCUUUAUGGUUAGAUGAAAUAGUUGCUCAGGUACGCCUGCCUCUAUUACCUGUUUGUUUCCUUAUGGGAGUUGUGGCAAAAGAAAAAAUAGUCAAGCAGAACUUAAAAUGCAGAGAUUUGUUAGAUGAAGCAAGAAACUACCAUCUUCAUUUAAGCAGUCAUACGGUACCAGAUUUUGAAUAUUCUAUUCGGACAACGCCAAGGAAACACACAGCAGGUGUCCUUUUCUGUGUUGGGGGACGUGGUGGAUCAGGCGACCCAUUUCGCAGUAUUGAAUGCUACUCAAUAAAUAAAAAUAGCUGGUUUUUUGGUCCUGAAAUGAACAGUAGAAGGAGGCAUGUAGGAGUAAUCUCUGUGGGAGGUAAAGUUUAUGCUGUGGGUGGGCAUGAUGGAAACGAACACCUAGGCAGCAUGGAAGUGUUUGAUCCUCUCACAAAUAAAUGGAUGAUGAAAGCAUCAAUGAAUACCAAAAGGAGAGGAAUUGCUCUUGCCUCCCUUGGAGGCCCCAUUUAUGCCAUUGGAGGCUUGGACGAUAACACUUGCUUCAGCGAGGUGGAAAGAUACGACAUGGAGUCCGACCAGUGGAGCGGAGUUGCAUCUAUGAACACCCCUCGGGGAGGGGUUGGCUCUGUAGCAAUUCUGAAUAAUGUAUAUGCUGUUGGUGGGAAUGAUGGUGUGGCUUCUCUCUCUAGUGUGGAGAAAUAUGAUCCUUACCUUGAUAAAUGGAUAGAAGUGAAGGAAAUGGGUCAGCGGAGAGCUGGCAAUGGGGUUAGUGAACUUCAUGGCUGUUUAUAUGUGGUAGGUGGUUUUGACGACAACUCUCCACUUAGCUCGGUUGAGAGAUUUGACCCUCGCACGAAUAAGUGGGAAUAUGUAGCAGAACUAACAACUCCUAGGGGUGGAGUUGGCAUAGCAACAUUAAUGGGCAAAAUUUUUGCUGUUGGAGGACAUAAUGGGAAUGCUUAUCUGAAUACAGUGGAAACCUUUGAUCCAGUAGCAAAUAGAUGGGAGCUUGUGGGCUCCGUGUCUCACUGCAGAGCUGGGGCAGGAGUGGCUGUGUGCGCUUGCCUGAGCAGUCAAAUCCGUGACAUAGGUCAAGGUUCCAGCAACGUGGUGGACUGCAUGUGAAUUUGGCUUGAAGUCUGCAACGAUUGCGAAAUGCUUUAAGCCAUCUUACUCUUGUACAAAGACUUUUGAAUGUUUAAAGCAAUAUAUGUAAAUAUACCAGGAUAGUUUUUGUACGAAAAUCUUGAGUGCUGUGGAAGUUUUAACAAUAUUUACUUACAAUAAACUUUGGGGGGAAAAAAUUAAAGAAGUAUUCAACGAAAAUAGAAGAUGCAUUCAAUGGUAGUUUAAAAUAUGUCCCUUUAUCUUCAUAGAAAAUUUGG